UCGAAAAUAUUGUCUUGUCAAACGUUCAUUCGUUGCAUUCUUGGUUUUAUUUUUAUUUAAAUAGAUGCCUACUAAAUUCAAAAAGAAUUAGAAAUGUCAGUUACCGAUGUUUUGUCUAAAGUUCUUUACGGAAAAUCUAAUUUCUGUUGUUUGUGUUUCCAAAAUGUUGGAGAAAACCCAGUUUAUAUUGAUGAUGUACUUUUCAUUGCCUCCGAAGAAAGUGAAACAAUGUAUCAAAUAUUAGAAACACUAUUUCGUGAUGAAAUACCAGACUCAAUAUCUACAUUUGGUGUUUUUUGUGAUGAAUGCAAGACGUCCUCGGUAAACAGCUACAAAUUCAUGAAAUUAUGCAAACAGAAUUCUGAGAAACUAUCCUGGGCUAUUCAAAGUGUUAAAGAAUCUCUAGAACACACUAUACCAGAUUUCGAUGAUUAUAAAACAUUAUUUGUUUCUCUUCACCUCAAUGAUUUUACUACCAGGCAGUUUUAUGAUGACAAUAAGAGGCUGAAUACUCCGUCAAAUGCUCUCAAGAGAUUUUCAGCAAUUAUUAAUAAAAGUGCUCAGGAAAGUAAUGAUCUAAAAAACAUAUUUAAAUAUGAAGACUUCAUCAAAACAGUGCAAAAAGAACCAAAGUCAAGCAAAAUAGCAAUUUCUUACGAUAUUCCAUCUAUACCUACAAGUGAUAUUGUUGUUGACUCCACUAAUCCCACAGACUAUAAAUGCAAAAUAUGCCUCAAAAAAUUCUUAGUACCAGAACCUUUAAGGAGUCACUACUUCAAAAGACAUUACCCAAAAACUGUUAAAUGUUCAAAUUGUCCACGUAAGUUCAUUUCAAAAGAAAUGCUAGAAAUCCAUAUCAAGCAGAACCACACUGCUGGAGCGUGCAUGGAGUGCGGCAAAUAUUUCACCAGUAAAUAUGUUCUACGUAAACAUGAGAUGAACCACUACUUCACAGUAAUAUGUCCAGACUGUGGCAGAACAUAUCGCAGUAAAGAAGCAUUCAAAAAACACAUAACUGAUAACAUAUGCCAGCAAAAAAUGAAGAAAUCUUCUGAACAAGGGAUGUACCAGUGUGAUUUUUGUAAGAAACAUUAUUGUCACAAACCAUACCUUGCUAAACAUAUAAAGUAUGAGCAUGGAAACGCUAUAGGCUUCCGGUGUGAGUUCUGUAGUAAACAAUUUUAUACAAAAAGCAGGUUAGAGACACAUCUUGUGAAACAUACAAGGGAAAAGAAUUUUGUGUGUAGUGUUUGUGAUGGCAGGUUUGUGACAAAGGCGUCUCUAUUGUAUCAUACAAGGCUGCACACUGGAGAGAAACCGUACCAAUGUGAAUAUUGUGAAAAAGCAUUUCUGUCUGCAUCACGAAGGCUGGAUCAUGUAAGAAGGCACCACUUGGCUCCUUCGCUGGAAUGUGAUAUUUGCCAUGCUAAGUUCAAAGCUACUGGAUCCUUACUGAAGCAUCGAAAGCGUCAUUUAAACCCAAACAGUAGGUUGAGCAACCCUCGUCUGUACGCUAUAACUAAAGGCAGUAUAACUGAAGGACCUGAAUCAAAACCAUUGAUGAAAUCUGGAGCUAGCUGAAGGGGCAUAAAUGCAUCUGUAUUGCCCUAUUAAUUAUGUGGAUAUGUAAAUAAAUGUUGAGAAUCCUUUUUAAUGUAAA